AAAUGAAUGAAUUUGAUGGUCAUUAUAGAUAAUAUAAUAAAAAUAAAUUUGACAUUUGACAAUUUUUUUUUCUUGUCCGAUGGUCCCGAUAUCCCGUAUGUCUUUCGUUUUUCUCUAUCGUAUCGAUUCAAUUUUGGAUAUAUAUAAUAUAUAAUAUAUAACGAGAUGAUGACAGUGAAGAUUUCAAUAUAUUGUCCGUGUUGUUGAUAUCUGAUUCCCGUUUUUUUUGUUGUCGAAAUUAUCAUUUUACGUCCAAAUAAAAUGUGCUGAAUAUUACUGUUUUUCUUUCAUAUUCACAAUAUGCAAACAAAUUAGCAACAGCAACAAAAUAUUCAUCAUUUGUUUCAAAACUUUCAAAGAUUUUCAAGCCAAAUUACUUUCAAAUAUUGUGUUUGUGUUUUCAAAACCAAAAAAAAAAAAAAUUUUUCGUUAUCACCGCCAAAAAUGGAUAAUUAAUGUGAAUUUGAGCGAAUCGACAAAAAAAAUUGAUCCUUUUUUUUGCUGCCCAGAAUCCAUCAUUUUUGAAUCUUAACCAUUUUUUAAUCACCACAUAUCAUCAUUCAGAUUAUAAAUAUAUCGAUCAGACAAAAUCAAUAUGGCUGAUUUUGAUUCAUCAGCAUCAGAUUCAUCGACAUCCGAUCUAGAUAUGAAAAAUUAUUAUAGUUUCACUUUAUGGGAUUUUGCCGUUUUCAUUACAAUGUUGGCCGCAUCAUCCGGUAUUGGCAUCUAUUUUGCUUACAAAAAUCGUAAAAAUCAUUCCAAUAAAGAAUUUCUUACAUCAAAUAAAUCAUUGAGUCUAUUUCCGGUUGCAAUGUCUUUAUUGGCUAGUUUUCAAAGUUCAGUCACAAUUCUUGGCUAUCCAGCUGAAAUGUUUUAUCGUGGUACACAAUUCUGGAUGGUUAUAUUAUCCAGUCUGGCUGCCAGUAUGAUUGCUGCCGAAUUAUUUUUGCCAGUUUUUUAUCGUUUAAAUUUCACUUCGGUUAAUCAAUAUCUUGAACAACGUUUCAAUUCAUCAAGUGUUCGUUUGGCCGUAUCAUUUUCAUUUCUUUUAUGUACAGUUCCAUAUAUGGGUGUUGUUUUAUAUGGACCAUCAUUAGCGUUGGAAACCGUAACCGGUCUUAGUGUAACAGCAUCGAUAUUGAUAAUUGGCUGCAUAUGCACCCUAUAUACAUCGAUCGGUGGUAUUAAAGCUGUGGUUUGGACUGAUGUUGUUCAAGUAUUUCUAAUGUUUGCCGGUCUAUUUGUCGUUAUGUUUCGAGGAUUCUAUCUAGCCGGUGGCAUUGAAAAAGCAUUCGAAACUUCACGUAAAUAUGGUCGUCUACAAUUUUUCAACUCUGAAAUUAAUAUCUAUUCAACGACAACAUUCUGGAAUUGUGUAAUCGGCAUGGGAACCAUGUGGAGCGGUAAUUAUGCAACAAGUCAAACCGAAGUACAACGUUAUUGUAAUGUGACUACACAACGUAAAGCUAAAUUAUCAUUGUAUGUAAACUUUUUGGGUGUUGCAUUUCUUAUUAGCUGUGCUUGUCUUUGUGGUGUUGCAUUAUUCGGUGUUUAUUAUGAUUGCGAUCCAUUGAAAACCGGUGCUAUAACAAAAACUGAUCAAUUAAUGCCACAUUUUGUUAUGAAUCAUCUUCGUCAUCUACCCGGUAUGGCUGGUUUAUUUGUAUCGUGUGUAUUUAGUGCAUCAUUAUCGACAAUGAGUUCUGGUUUCAAUGCAUUAGCCACUGUUACAUAUGAUGAUUUUAUUUCACGUACUAGUGUACGUAAAUUGCCGGAAAAACAAAUUCAACAAAUUAGUAAAUUAAUUGCAUUCGGUUAUGGUAUGGCUGCCAUUGCAAUGGCAUUUGUUGUUAGCCAAAUAAAUUCCAUUCUAGAGGCAGCCAUUUCAAUUGCCGGUGCACUUGUUGGACCAAUGUUUGGUCUAUUUUUAUGCGGUAUUCUUGUUCCAUUUGCCAAUAGUUUUGGCGUACUUUGUGGAUUAUUUGUUGGCGAAUUUUUCGGUCUAUGGAUAUUGAUUGGUUCGUUAUUGUAUCCAAAACCGGCACAAAUUCUAAACAAUACAUCAAUUGAAUGUCCUACAAUUUCAUUUGGUGAUCAUCAUUAUCAUCAUCAUCAUUUAAAUGUUUCAAAUCUGAUUUCACCCGAUACUUAUCUUAUGUUUCCAUUAACAACAACAACAGCAACUACUACUACCACUGUAUCAUCAAUACCGCUAUCAGAUGAACGUGAAGGAAUGAUGAAAUUAUAUCACAUAUCCUAUCUAUUAGUACCAGUAUUUGGUUGUAUCAUAUCAUUAUCAUUGAGUAUUAUUUGUUCAUUAAUUUCUGGUGGUCAUCGACAAAUAGCCCAAAUUCGUCCUGAAUAUCUAAGUCAUUUAGCAUGGAAAAUAUGGCCACAAAAAUUAUUACCAACGAAAUAUCCAUAUGAUAUUUCAAAUGAUCAAAACCAUCACCACCACCACCAGCAGCAGCAACAACAACAACAAACACCAUCAAUUACAAAUUCAUUAUCAUUAAUAUCGAAUGGUACAGCAACGGCAAUAAUAACGGAUAAAUUAUCAAACAAAAGUGAUUCAAAUAAUAAUUCCAAUACCAAUGAUCCAACCAUUUAUUUACAAUCAAAUGGUAAUAAAUAUCCUAAAUAUAAUACAACAUCAAUGGAUAAAAAUACAACAACAAUAAAUGCCAAUAAUCAAUCAAUUACAGCCAUAUCGAUUGUUGAUGAAUUUGAAUCUGAAAAUUGUAAAAAUCGUUCACAACAAUCAUCAACAACGAAAUCAAAAAAUCUUGUCAAACAAAUUGCAAUCGAUGAAUCGUCGCCAUGACAAACGAACAAAAAAAAACAACAAAUGACAACAACGAUAGAUUGAAUUUUUCAUUUUUUUUCUGUUUAUUUUGGUUUAAAAACAAAAAAAAAAAAAUUGUUGUAAAUAUUCGUGAUAAUCACAUCGAAAGUUAUCGAUUUAUCGAUAUAUAUUCUAAACACAAACACACACACACACACACACACUUACAUAUCAAAAUGAAAUUGGAACACAACAAA